GUGAUUUAUUUUUAAAAUGGAGAUUUCCCCUUUCAUUCGGAUUCCCUCGGAUUUGCAAUGUCAUAGUUGGAGUAAACUUUACAUGGACGUAAUAUCUUACUUUAAAGGUUAUAUUGUGGCACUGUUCCAUAUAUUUGGUCUUAUUGUCUCCAGUUGGAUUGCCCCUUCAAGUUGGUUUUCAUGGAGACCUACUUCAAUGGCUAAAUUGGCUCAAGCAGAGCGAAAGAUUCUACAGGCAUUUCUAAGGAAAACAUAUGACACCAGGUAUGUUUUCCUCCCAAAAUCUCAGCAUCGUUUGUGGACACUGACCAUUGAACACCCGGACAAUGAGACCAACCAGAAGAAAGUCCCCCUCGUCAUGGUUCACGGAAUGGGAGGUGGGAUUGGUCUGUGGGCCCAGAACCUGGGCCCCCUGAGUGAGAAUCGCCCCUUGUAUGCGUUUGAUGUGCUGGGCUUUGGCCGCAGCUCGAGACCCCAGUUCAAUUGUAAACCAGAUAUCGCUGAGCAGCAGUUUGUUGAGUCCAUCGAAGAAUGGAGGAAGACAAUGAACAUUGAUAAAAUGAUUCUUCUGGGGCAUAGUUUAGGAGCUUAUAUAUCUGGUUCGUACAGUUUGAAGUAUCCAGAGCGUGUGAAGCACCUUGUUCUUGUGGACGCAUGGGGGUUUCCCGAGAAACCUCCCGAGGACCAGCAACGGAGGAUACCUAUGUGGAUCAAGGCCAUAGCCACAGUUAUCAAGCCGUUCAAUCCACUGGCUGUUCUACGUGUUGCGGGACCCUUUGGUCCAGGACUAGUCAGAAGGUUUAGACCAGACCUGCAGGACAAGUUCGCAGACACCCUGGAGGAUGACACAAUAUUUGACUACAUCUACCACUGUAAUGCACAGACUCCCAGUGGUGAAGCUGCCUUCAAAACCUUAAAUACAUCCUUUGGUUGGGCUAAAAACCCCAUGAUCCACCGCCUACCUGACCUGGAGAAGGAUAUCCCGGUCACUCUGGUGUACGGCUCUAAAUCCUGGGUGGACAAUGCCACAGGGUAUCACAUCAAGUACCUCCGGAAUGAGAGCUAUGUAGAAGUGGCCGUUGUCCGUGGAGCGGGCCACCAUGUAUAUGCAGACAAACCAGAACCGUUUAACAAGUUGAUUCUGAGGAUAUGCGAAGCAGUAGACAACAAUACUAAUCCAAAACCAAUCAAGUUCAGGGAAAGUUUCAAAGCCUCAAAUGACUCAUCUUCUCAUACCUCAAAGACAAUUACGGAAUCCAAAAGUUCCAAAAGCUUGGUGGUGGAAGACACGCCAGAUGAUGAGGAUAAAGAAAAUGUCCCCACUCAAGUUUUAUAGCAUUGCUCGGUGCUAAAUUCAUAGCUUCGGCAUUUAAUAUUGUGAUAUUUUUAAUGUUCUUUUUUUGUUUAGAUGUUUAGUGGUGUUUUUAAAACUAAGACUCUUGUUGAUAUUUUAUUAAAUGAAAGUAAGAAUUACAAAUGAACUUUUGAGCAAGUGUCCAUGUAUAAUAUGAAAUUAUGAAUUAUCUUAACAUUGCUUAUCAAAUUUAGCUGGGAAAAAAACCGCAAUUGUUGUGUUUCAUAAUAAGCCAGUCAUUGAAAUAAUCUUUAAAAAGAUGUCUUGUAUGAUCAAUUCAUGUUUUUUUUCUAGUCAUAUCUUCUUUGUUUUGACUAUCAUGUUAAAAAAAUUACUAGAGCUUCAGAACAAAACCAGGAGCAGAGUUUAUGUGAAGUGGAAUGGAGUUGGAAAAGAUCGUCUUAUUUUGUUUACCGAUUUAAAAAAAAAAAAUUAUGAAAAUAACAGUAUGACCAAUGCGCAAAAAAUUAUACAACUUGUGGGGGUAAAAGUCUGAAAGGGGUGAGUUUUUUGCUAAUUGGCUGCUGUGUUUAAAAAUCAGAGUUGUUCAUGUACAUGUAUGGCAUCAUCCUUACUUUAUUCGAAAAUUUAUCUUGUUAAAAUGGUACCACAUUUCAUCUAGCAAAAAACAAAAGAACAGCAAUAACAACAUGAAUAGCAGCAGCAUGGAAACAACCAACAUAUUUCUUUUCAAUUUUAUUAAUCUUAUUCCCCUUAUUUGUUAAGAACAAUUUUUUUUGCAGAUUAGAAAGCUCAUUUCUUAUUAUAUACAUGUACAUACAUAGACUAUAUUUUUCCAUGACAAAAGCUAGACCAAGGUUAUUUUAGUAUAUUUUUCUCAUUCAUUCAAUUGGAUGUGCCUUUUGCUUGUUAUACCAGUUAAAUAAAUAUUUUAUAAACCUGCA